ACUGUACCGCACCAGACGGAAUUAAGCAGGAGCAGCAUCUGGAGAGCCCAAACUGUGCGUACAGUCCAUCCCAGAGACAUCGAGACAAUGGGUGUGUGUUGGCGCGUGUGUAAGAGAGAGCCGCUGUACGUCUAGAAAGGAUUUAAUAAGCGCCCCCCCUCCCUCCUCACCGUUGCCCGGUCAGCCACCAAUUAAUUUAUCGGAGAGUAAAACAGUUAAAGAGAGGGCGGAUAGAGAGCAGUCGGUGGAGACUGUGGCGGCUCUGGAGAGCUGUCACUUUCUCUGUGCGUAUGUGUGUAUGUGUGUGUGCGGAGAGGGAUUAUCAUUACGCACGUUAUGCGGAGCGCAGUUUUGGUGAUGCAUUCAGUCGGGAGAUGUGCAGCGGGGAGAAGUGAGCGUCAACGCGGACCUUCAGCGGCACAAACAGCCCAGUAGCAGGACAAGGGGAUCCCGCUGGUUUUGGGUGCACCGUUUCUGCGCACAUCACAGGAUUUCUGCUAACCGAGUGUUUUUUGUUUUUUUUUUAAUUUUUGAUCACUGCUCCCUCGCCGGUGCAGCAAAAGUCAAAGAUGCGCACCGCUGAACAAAGGAUUUAGGGGAAACGAUAAAGAAUCCCCACCACAUUUUAAUCCUGACACCCCGGUGCGCUUCGUGUCCCCCGUUUGGACUUGCCAGGACUCGGAAUUCAUGCCGAUUCUGUCUCUGAGGACAACGCACACGGGCUGAAUAACCGGGUUCCUCUGGUCUGAAACCCGGAGCAGGAGGAAUCAUCUGGUCUGACCGCGUACAAGUCCAUGUGGAUGGAGAGAGAAAACGCAAACACGGCGAGCGGAGCUCAUUCCGAAAUGUGACAUUUUUUUUAUUCUGUCUCGCUAGUAUACCUGACAACUGUGCAUCUGCCUUCGACCUCGAUCGGAUUUGUUUACAACAAUAAAGAGAUGGCAAUCCUCCCGGUCCAUCUUCUGCUGCUGCUGACUGUGGCUCAUCGUGCCAGGAGUCAGGACUCUGAGGACUCUGAGGCUCUCCCGAGAGGCUGUGGUUGGGGUCUUGUUCGUCCCUACACCCUCCUCUGUGAUCUGGACUCCGUAUGGGGUGUAGCUGUCGAGUCUGUGGCUGCUGGUGGGGCGCUGGCUGCCAUCUUACUAGCCCUUGUCCUGCUGUGCCGUUUACGCCACAUCAGCGAGGCUGAGAAGCGCAGCGGCGUGGGACCAAUCCUCCUGCUGCUCCUCGGCAUCCUGGGCUUGUUCGGCCUGAGCUUUGCUUAUUUGAUUGAACAAGAUGAGUCGUUAUGUCUGCUUCGCAGAGCCCUUUGGGGUCUCCUGUUUGCCGUCUGCUUCUCCUGCUUGCUGGUGCAGGGUGUACGUCUGCGCAGGCUGGGCCGGGAGCGUCGGAGCCCUGGUGGCUGCGCCCUCACAGGCCUGGCGCUGGGUUUGAGUGCCGUGCAAGGCAUCAUUGCUGCAGAGUGGCUACUUCUGACCGUGCUGAGGGAGGGACGAGCUGCCUGUCAGUACCUGCCUCUGGACUUUUCACUAGCCUGCAGCUAUGUGCUAGCUCUCCUACUAGCUGCGCUGACUGCUGCCUCCUUGGCCCUGUGUGGGAAGACACGUCAGUGGCGCUGCAAUGCCAUCUGGCUAUUGGUGACCUGCCUGCUAUCACUGCUGCUGUGGGUGGCCUGGGUGGGCUUCUAUCUGUACGGUAAUGCCUGGUUGGGGAGGUCCCCGGACUGGAAUGAUCCGGCACUGGCCAUCGCUUUAGUGGCUCAGGGCUGGCUGUUGCUGAUCUUCCAUGCAAUUCCUGAGUCCCACAUCUGCCUGAGACCCCCGCCACAGCCCACUGCCCCAGACUACUUCGACACCUCCCAAAACUCAACACGGAUGAGGGAGACCAGCUUUGAUGAAGACAUCCCUCUCUCUCACAGGCAGUUUGUGGAGAAUCAGGGCUACGGAUACAACGACGAGAACACUGCAGGCUUGAGGAGCGGUGGUGGUGCCGGGCAACACAACAGUAACACCGGUGCCAGGCCCAGCGCCCCUUUCCGCAGCAACGUCUACCAGCCCACUGAGAUGACCAUGAUCCUGAACGGGGGAGCGGUACCCUCUGCCCCUCCAACCUACACGGGAAGGCAGCUGUGGUGAGUGAGAGGACUGGAAAGAGGAUUUGUGGUGGAAAAAUGAAGAGAAGAAAGAGGAUGGAGAGGUUGAGGAGGGAGGGGUCCGGGACGAGGGGACUGCCUGGUUGGACUGGACUUAAAACAUGGAUACCAACAGGGCCCUUUCACUCUGUGUACAGACUUUAACACUAACUGUGUGCCAAUCAAUUAUUAUGAUGUAUGAGUGUGUGUGAGACUGAGAGAAAGUAGGGUAUGGAGGACAGAGCUAAAGCUCUUCUCGCACACAAAUCUCUAUAGAAGGAUUUAAAAACUCAAAGUGCGACCAGCAAGUAGCAAAACAAAACACGCGCUGACUCAGAUCUGAAAAUAUCAACAUGCAGUAUUCUUUUUCUUUUCAUGAUUUGCUCCCCUGAGACUGCAGCACUGUAAGCAUCCUUGAAAACUGUGAAAUCUAUCGCUUUUUCCUGCUCUAUCUCUCUUCCUGUCAGUCAGGAUGUCUUUUCUGGUGCUCGUCACAAUGCUGGCUCUUGAGUGGAAACAUUUGGCUCUGUCCUCCAUCCAUCCACAGCGUAGGUGAAGACAAAGCACAUGGCUUAAAAAGAAUCAAACCUCUGUGGGUGUGUAUGUACAGUAAAUGAGAGAAGAAAGUGUGUCUGUUCCCUACAUCUCAACUCAGCCACUCCAACAAACCUCCCUCUCCAGACUGUUACCCCCUCAACCCCUGCUUGUUUCCUCCCUCUCUAUCUCUGUCUCUGGUCUGCACAUCUCUGUGACUUUAAUAAAUAACUCCUCUCACCUUGCCGCAUCCUCCCACCUGCAUGGACACUUUGCAAAAACAAACUGUGAAACCCCAAACUGCGGUGGGAAAAGAAAUUCCCAGUGACUGCAGACAUAACGAAAGCAGCCUGGAGCACCUGAACAGAGGGAUUGCAAGCUGCUAAUGAACUGCUGUUAGAUAUGCGAUGGAGUAGAGUGGAUUCUGAUUGGACAAGGACGGCGUCAGUCAUCAACAGGGAGGUGUCGGUUCAUAAAUCUAGGUCAGACUGCUGUGCUGCUCUCCCACAUCUCCAGUGGCCACUGGCGGUUUGAACCAGCCAGGAGAAACUGUCACUUUACAUCAGCAGGAAACAGAGCGAGGAAAUGAAAUGAUCUCCUGUUCUUAGCUCCUCUAUCUGUGUUUGUUUGUGCGUACGCUGUGAUUUUAAGUGUGUCGGGAGUUGACGGGAAAAAUUCAAAGUCAAGGUUGCUUUCUGGUGCUAAAUAUUCCUCCUCACAACGUCCCAGUGGGGCACAGAACUACAGGAGCAACACUGAUGCAGACACAGUAGUCAAACUGUGAGCGACAGACUAUAUAUAGAGCUGUGGCUGGUGUGUGGAGAUAUCCUAGACCCUUAGAAAGAUCAGAUUUACAGUGUAACGUGGAAAGAAGAAGAUAAAAUGCAAGAUGAGGAGAAGGGGGGUCGGGAAGAGCAAGGAGGAAGGAGGGAGCAAGAGACAGUCCGGGGGGAGUCCAUGCGACAGUGAAAUCUCUGUGACUUCCUUUAGUCAGCCACCGAUCUGUGUGAGAAAAUGGCUCCCUGGCCUGUCUGUGUGUGUUUUUGUGCAUGAUGUGGGGGCGGCCGUGCUGCUCUGCUCUGUGUGGUUGUCGUCUCUAUCUGGUGAAGCGCCUCUCCCUCCUCCUCUUCCACCUCAUCGUCCUCCUGUCUCUCUGUGGUCGGCUACAGCUCAAAUCCCUGUGCCAAGAAGGACUCUUGUUUCACUGGAGUCUCCAUUUCACACUUUCCCUUCAUCGUGACACCAGCUCUCUCCUUCACCCGAGAAGCUGUGUACAUAGUAGUGCUGUAAAGCUUUGCUUGCUUGUUUACUUUUUUUUUUUUUUUUUUAACUGUAGACUGAGUUUAGACACCAGUGUCAUAUGACCCACUGGAGAACUGACUACUGCAAACUGUUUGCUUUUUGUUCAUACAUUUGCUUGUUGUUAUAUUAUGCUUUUAUUUUUCUCUUGCUGGUGUCUUUUACUUUUUUUAAACUAGCUUUUUGGAAAAGUUUUGCCAACACUAGAUAUGCUUUUAUUUUUCUGUUUGAUUAAUGUUCAAGGAAAUUAUAUGAUUUGUCAUUUUUUUGGAUUUAUGUUGUUUAUACCUCCUGCGCAGUAUUCUCAGUAAAGACAGCGGUCCACUCUCUGCUCUAACAGUCACGGGGAUACAAACAUUCGUAUUUUUAUUUUUUCAGACAAAUGAUAAUGGCUGUGAAAUUUUUUUGGCACUACGUGCAGUAAACAAUGACGUAUGCUGCAAUAGAAUUAUAAAAAACAGAGCAGGGAGGGCAGAAUAAACUAACUUUAAGCCCACCAAUCGUCAUUCUGGUGACCCCUGGUCUCAGAGCAACCCUCGACUAAGAAAAGAUUAAGGGUCAACCCUUCACUGCUAAUGUAUGUUUAUGUCUUACCCACUGGCUAUUCUAAAAUAGGACUGGUACUAGCAGGCCAGCUCCAUGCCCAAAGAGAGUUCUGUUUGGGUCGACCCCAGGCAGAAACACGCCCUGGAUCUGUAAGUCGUACCCCAUGAAGAAGAACUGUUCUCAGGAUUUUGGAUGGUCAGAGACAAAAAGCUCUGGAGCUGAGGGGGGAGUUUUCAAUUCUUGUGAUGUUUUCACUCAAUGUGGAGUACAAAAAAAAAAAAAAAAAAGAAUAACGUGACUUCGUAGAUUUGCACUUGUCGACUACCUAUCUGUGCAUGCUUAUCACCAUUUCUACAUGUAAGACCUUUCUCAGACGUACUUUUGAAUACUAACUAUUUAUGUAAAGGUCAUGUGACAGCAAUCAUAACUUCAGUGUACAUCAGAUGACACAAUUAAUGUCUGUGCUUUCUUAAACACAAAAGAGAGCUGGUUUGUGAGAAAAAGUCAGGGGGAAAUGGUCCAAAAUAGGAACAAAAUACCAACAUCACCGGACCUAAUAAUAACUUCCUCCAUUAGUUUGAAGACUCGAGGGGAAAAAAAAGUGAAUCUUCCGACUGAUAUUGUCUCUGUGUUUAAAAUCAAAUAGACUGUGGUGAAAUUUGCACAAAACUUCUAUAUGUUAAGUUUGUCAUCCCUGGGCAGCCCAUUUGAACACCCAUCCUCCCUGGGUUUGACAUGUCCUUGCCUGUCCUCUCCUAAUUUGUCUUGCCUUCAGACUGUUCCAGUGGGGCAGCUGACAGGGGUUAUAUUGGUUUUCACAGCUGUGACUGUGCAGUGACGCAGCAUGCCUAUGUAUAGAACUUGAUUCCCCUGAUUAGAAAAAGAAAAAAAACAGUUAACUCUCUUGUUUCUGUAACUGAUUCAGGAAAAAAAAAGUUCAAUAAA